CUAUUUUCCAUAAGGUGGGUGGUGGUGUUGGUGUAACUAUUUUCUCUGCAAAAAUGGAAGGUUGUUGCAAUGAACGCCUUGAUUUUGGCAAAAUGGGUUAUGGAUGCAAGCACUAUAGGAGAAGAUGCAAGAUUAGAGCCCCUUGCUGCAAUGAGGUCUUUGACUGCAGACAUUGUCACAAUGAAGCCAUGAGCAUGUUGCGUAAGAUUUUUGAUAGGCAUGAACUAGUUCGACAAGAUGUCACACAGGUCAUCUGCUCAGUUUGUGAUACCGAACAGCCAGUUGCUCACGUUUGUACGAAUUGUGGUGUCAAUAUGGGAGAAUACUUUUGUGAAGUCUGCAAAUUCUAUGAUGAUGAUAUAGACAAAGGGCAGUUUCAUUGUGAUGAUUGUGGAAUCUGCAGAGUUGGUGGUCGCGAGAACUUCUUUCAUUGCAACAAGUGUGACUCUUGUUAUUCAGUUAGUCUGCGUAAUAACCACUCGUGCGUGGAGGACUCCAUGCGGCAUCAUUGUCCCAUUUGUUAUGAGUUUCUAUUUGAUUCUCUGAAAGACACAACUGUAAUGAAAUGUGGACACACAAUGCAUACAGAAUGCUACCAUGAGAUGAUAAAGCGUGACAAAUACUGCUGUCCGAUAUGUUCUAGAUCAACUCUAGACAUGACCAAAGCUUGGAAAAGAAUGGAUGAGGAGAUUGAAGAGACAAUCAUGCCUGAGGAUCUUAGAUAUAAGAAGGUUUGGAUUCUUUGUAAUGACUGUAAUGACACAACUGAAGUAUACUUCCACAUAAUCGGGCAGAAGUGCAGACACUGUCAAUCAUACAACACCCGUAUGAUUGCACCUCCCGUUCUUCCUCAAUAGCAACUUUCUACUCCAGAAAAACUGAUUGUUUGUGCUGCUGAAACCUGGUGCAGCGGACGUGAAACAGAAGAAAUUUAUGGUGUUACCUUCAUGAUUACUACUAUUUAUUCUUUGAUGUCAUUUCUGCAUUAUUCAUGGCCAUUUGCAAAUUACAACACAACUUCACUCUUUUUGCAAUGUGGAAGCAUUUGUGACAUGAUUUUUUUACCUCCAAAUUAAAGAUGUGAGAGUAAAACUCAAAUGAGUUGAUUCAGGACUAUUUAUACCACCAUGUACACAUAUUGUCAUAAUAUUCCAAGGGACUACUUUUGAGCUACAAAAUUGAGAAAGGAACCAAU